CCACCUCUAAUUCAAUCAAUCUCCCCUCAACUCGCUCCAAUCUAUACAAGAUGGCAGCCCAACAGGACAAGAGCUUCAUGGGAAUGCCCGGCUUCGUGGUCGACUUCUUGAUGGGUGGUGUCUCCGCCGCCGUCUCGAAGACCGCUGCCGCUCCCAUCGAGCGUGUCAAGCUCCUCAUCCAGAACCAGGAUGAGAUGCUCAAGUCCGGUCGUCUCGACCGCAAGUACGACGGUAUCGCCGAGUGCUUCAAGCGUACCUCGCAGGCUGAGGGUGUUCUCUCGCUCUGGCGUGGUAACACCGCCAACGUCAUCCGUUACUUCCCCACCCAGGCGCUGAACUUCGCUUUCCGCGACACCUACAAGUCUAUGUUCGCCUACAAGAAGGAGCGUGACGGUUACGCCAAGUGGAUGGCCGGUAACUUGGCCUCCGGUGGUGCCGCUGGUGCCACUUCCCUCCUCUUCGUCUACUCCCUCGACUACGCCCGUACCCGUCUGGCCAACGACGCCAAGUCCGCCAAGAAGGGUGGUGAGCGCCAGUUCAACGGUCUUGCCGAUGUCUACAAGAAGACCCUCGCCUCCGACGGUAUCGGCGGUCUUUACCGUGGAUUCAUGCCCUCCGUGGCUGGUAUCGUCGUCUACCGUGGUCUGUACUUCGGUAUGUACGACUCGAUCAAGCCCGUCCUCCUGACCGGCACCCUCGAGGGCAACUUCUUGGCCUCGUUCGCUCUUGGUUGGGCCGUCACCACCGGUGCCGGUAUCGCCUCGUACCCUCUCGACACCAUCCGUCGUCGUAUGAUGAUGACCUCCGGUGAGGCCGUCAAGUACAAGGGUACCAUGGAUGCCGCCCGCCAGAUUGUCGCUGCCGAGGGUGUCAAGUCUCUCUUCAAGGGUGCUGGUGCCAACAUUCUCCGUGGUGUUGCCGGUGCCGGUGUCCUGUCCAUCUACGACCAGGCCCAGCUCAUCAUGUUCGGCAAGAAGUUCAAGGGUGGAUCCGGUUAAGCGCCUUCUCUCUUGAUACCCCAAUCCGAGUCUAUGUGGUGGAGGGAGCUAAUCGCGAGCGAGGGGUCGAGGCGCGUGUGGUGGUAGACUGAAUAGAGCAUUCACAAGCCCGAUGGGCAGAAGAGUGUUCAUGGUAACGAAAAGCACGAUCUGGUGGUAACCCACCCUGUACUUUACCUUGCCGGCCAACUCUUUUUCCCCUCAUAGCCACCUGUAUUACACGUCAUAUCCGGCUUGCAUUGCUUUGUCUGUUUACCUGUAUUUUCUCGUUCCAUCGCUUGGUGCCAAGGGGAAAAUAGGUGGUCUAUAGAAAGUUUCUGAGUUUUUUGUAACA